ACGUGUGCAAAACCGGUUCAAUGGUAGUAAGCAACACCUAGCACUCCUAGGUGGAUGCUACCUUACCGUUAGCUGCAUACUCUUGUAUUGUAGAAUUGUGUGACACCUUUCAUUGGUACCUACUCGUAGCUAUUGCGACGACAUAGAAACAUAAUGUCAGCAAGUGCGGUUUACGUGUUAGAUCUCAAAGGCAAGGUUCUGGUCUGCCGUAAUUACAGAGGAGAUGUGGACAUGUCGGAGAUUGAGCACUUUAUGCCCAUCCUCAUGGACAGAGAGGAGGAGGGCAAUCUGUCCCCUAUCCUCGCCCAUGGAGGGGUCCGCUUCAUGUGGAUCAAACACAACAACCUCUACCUUGUAGCAACAUCAAAAAAGAAUGCCUGCGUCUCUUUGGUUUUCUCCUUCCUCUACAAAAUAAUUCAGGUUUUCUCUGAGUACUUUAAAGAGUUGGAAGAGGAGAGUAUCAGAGAUAACUUCGUCAUCAUCUAUGAGUUGAUGGAUGAGCUGAUGGACUUUGGCUACCCACAGACUACUGACAGCAAGAUCCUUCAAGAGUACAUCACUCAGGAAGGCCACAAGCUGGACACCGGGGGCCCGCGCCCCCCCGCCACUGUCACCAAUGCCGUGUCCUGGAGGUCAGAGGGCAUCAAGUACAGGAAGAAUGAAGUCUUCCUGGACGUCAUAGAGUCUGUUAAUCUUCUGGUGAGUGCGAAUGGUAAUGUGCUGCGCAGUGAGAUCGUGGGCUCCAUCAAGAUGCGUGUGUUCCUCUCAGGGAUGCCGGAGCUGCGCCUGGGGCUGAAUGACAAAGUCCUGUUUGAGAACACUGGCCGAGGGAAGAGUAAAUCAGUGGAAUUGGAGGACACCAAGUUCCACCAGUGCGUGCGUCUGUCCCGCUUUGAGAACGACCGCACCAUCUCUUUCAUUCCUCCCGAUGGAGAGUUUGAGCUCAUGUCCUACCGUCUCAACACACACGUAAAACCUCUGAUCUGGAUAGAGUCUGUGAUAGAGAAACACUCCCACAGCAGGAUUGAAUAUAUGAUCAAGGCUAAAAGUCAGUUCAAGAGGCGGUCUACUGCGAACAACGUGGAGAUCCACAUUCCAGUUCCCACCGACGCUGACUCUCCCAAAUUCAAGACCACUGUGGGCAGCGUUAAGUGGAUCCCAGAGAACAGCGAGGUUGUCUGGUCCAUCAAGUCAUUCCCGGGUGGAAAGGAGUAUCUGAUGAGAGCCCAUUUCGGUCUGCCCAGUGUGGAAGCGGAGGACAAGGAGGGGAAGCCCCCCAUCAGUGUCAAGUUUGAGAUUCCUUACUUCACCACCUCUGGCAUCCAGGUGCGUUACCUGAAGAUCAUUGAGAAGAGUGGCUACCAGGCUCUGCCAUGGGUUCGAUACAUCACACAGAACGGUGAUUACCAGCUCCGAACCCAAUAGAAGCUGCAUAAGGUGAUGAAGAACCCAUAUUUCUAUUGAUGGACCAGGGAUUGGUCAACAAAGUACAGCUACUUUAUCACCUUUGUCAUGGAUAUUUGUUGUAAAAUUUCAUUAUUUGUUUUCAGUUCAAGCUGGAAGUUUGGUUCAAGUUUAGUGCCAUCAUAUAAUAAUGCUACUUAAUUGAUGACAGUAUAUAAAUUGGUUACAGUUUUACUCUAGCUGUAAAAUGUAUGAUCAUUCUUUAGGUAGUGAAAGGUAAGUCCUUUGCAAAUAAUGAGUACAAAUAUUGAUACUAUUCCCUAUUUUACAUCUAAAUUCUCUCCUUAAGGUGUGAUCUCAAAUUUUAAAGGUCAAUUUCAGGUGCUUAAAAAGUAACUUUUAAGCAUUUACAGUGUUAAACGAAGUCAGUGUGAACGCAGUGUUCCUAAUUUCUCUGUUUUCCUGUUUACAUUGUUAUGCAGUUAUGCUAAUUAUUUUCAACCUGUUAACUGGUCAAGAAUCAUAAGACAGUGUUUGUGUCGCUUAACGGUAAAAAUAAGGUGCAUUGAUCAGUUUGUGCAGAUGCAAGUGGGUGCUUAAAAUGUUCAAACCAAUAAAAUGUGCCACACUUUUUUUUUUUUAUGUUUGUCUCAUGACACUGAAUUUCAGGCCAAAAUUAUCUCUGAGGAAUCUAAUUACAUGUUGAUUUGUUUAAACGUCAGAUACACAUAUUUUAGUAAUUACAUUAUUUUCAUUCUCAUCUUUCUAUUUUUAUUUUGUCUUCACGUUGGUCAGUGGAAAACGACAUGAUGUAAACUCUUCUGACCGAAAGAAGCUAGCUCUUAAGAGUUUGUGUGUGCAUUGCUAGCAGGUCUUUUAGUUGUAUGGUGAGAGUUACUAUCAGUGUUAACUGUUGGCUACCAUGGCUGCUUGAACACGUUCUCAGAAACUAGGCCAAAAUCGGUAAACAGUGAAUGUGGCACAAAAAACAUCUCUGUGGUGACCCCACCAGGGGACACUUUCUCCCUUAUGGAGUUUCAUCAUCUUGGUCUUAUAAACAGUUGUUUGUGUCCAAAUCACAGGGCCAACAGUCCUAGUGGCUUUGUGUUUGGAUUUGAGGUUUCUGUUUCUUGUCAAUUUAUUAUUUGAUUGCAACUGUUUACAUAAGGCAAGAGCAUUUGGAUACACAGCAAAUGUAUCCAUACCUGAUUGAUUAAACGUGUUUAUAUUACUAUUCAGUUCACAGCAAAUUGAUCUUAAAAAUUUAAAUAAAAUGACGUUUUGUUUGAGCAUACAAAGGUCUGAACCUCAUCAUCCAAACAGACUAUUGCUUACUUUUGAAUAAUAUGGGAAAACUUUGGUUUCGGAAACCACUUUUCAGUUAUACUGCUUUUAGUAGUGGUGUUGACUUGCCUGUAUUGCAAUCUGUAAUGUAUCUCUAAAAAUCAAGCACCAAUAAAGUAGUUUUAUCAGAAAAGA